AUCCGGUCCAACCUGACUUCAAUGUGACGCCCAUUUCAGUCUGUACACGUGCAUUUGUAGCUAGCUAGUACUUUUUAUGCUUUCUGUCUUUGGUUGUCAUUUUAACAGCAAAUGUUGCAAUUUUAUUUUGAUCAUCAUAAGUAAAGUUAUUUAUUCACCAUUGGGUAUCAGAAAGAUGACCUGCAACAUCUCGCUCGUACUUUCUGUUUGAAGAGGGACUUUACAUUAGCUAGUGGCUAUUUAUUGUUAGCAGAUUCGUGGUUGUCGAUUUUUUUUUUGUUCGAGAAAUGGCAAGUCUUGCUUCAAAGGACUCAUACCUUCAGAAAUUGGCGAGUAAAGUAUGUGCUCAACAGCAAGAACCAAGGAAUAGGCCAUUUGUCCCUUUUCAAGGUGGACGUGUGGCUGGCCCUCCAAAGAAGAGGAACAAAACCAAUCACAAGCAGAUAAGUGUAAACAGCAACGUAGCGAAACACCAGAAGUUACCUUUGAAGCCUAACAAGAAGCUUGUCAUCACCCCAGCACAGAGAGCACCUGGUGUAGCAGAAUUGAAGGUCUCAAAAGCUACAGUUCCAAAUGGGGUGGUGGUUGAGACUAAACAGAAGCCCAAAGGUGAAAAGCCGGGUACUAAAUUCUCCACAGUAGAUAUUCUACGGCAGAGACUUCAUGAGAAGAUUGAGGAGUCUCGUGGGCAGGGAACCCCUAAGGACCCAUCCUCUGAGGAGGUGCAGAAGAAGCGAGAGAAGAGAAAGCAGGAGAGGGAGCGCAAGAAGAGGAAGCGUAAAGAGUUCCUCAUUAAGAAGCUCGCUGAGAAAGCUGGCUUAGAGUAUGAGCCUGAGAUCAAAAGGGAAGAGGCCCCUCCUCCUCCCACCGCACCAGCUGCGGGCAAGCGGGACGAGACGGCCAUCGUCUUCAACAAGGUGGAGCUGGGCGAUGGUGGGUUCUUGGACAAAGAGCAGAAGAAGAAGGAGAAGAAGAACCGGAUAAAAGGCGGCCUGACACCGCUGGUGGGCAAGAACUACAAGCAGUUGCUGGGGCGUGUGGAGGCUCGCAAGGCUAAGCUGGAGGAGCUGCGGGAGAAGGAUGAGGGCAAGGCCAAGGUGCAGGAGGAGAAGAUGAAGUGGACCAAUGUGCUGUACAAGGCAGAGGGUCUGAAGAUCAAGGAUGAUGAGGACCUGCUGAGGGCCUCGCUCAAGAGGAAAGAGAAGAUGCGCUCGCAGCGGAAGAAGAAGUGGACGGACCGCAGCGAGACGGUGGUGGAGAAGAUGCAAAGGCGACAGGACAAGAGACGCAGGAACAUCCAGAAGAACAACAAGGGCAAAGUGGAGAAGAAAAAGGACCGGGCCAGGAAGAGGGGCCGCGUGCUGCCGGAAGACCUGAAGAAGGUGUAGGUGGGUGGGGAGGAGGGUCAAGCUGAGGGUUAUGGAAAAUGGACUGAUUAAUUGAUGAACAUGUCUUUUUGAUUGAGCCCUACUGCUUUUUUUGUGGCAUGGUGCUUUGUCCAGUGUCCCACAUAAUAUUCAUAAUGCUUUGGACUUAUGUUAAAAGCCACUGGACAGGGCAAAGACCCAAUACAGGCUUCCUCGAGGUUUGAAUAACCAGAACUCUCUGUCAAAUCAAUGCUUGCUUUUUUACUUUUUAUUCAGUUGGUCGCAAUGGUCGACACAUGCCAUGGAUGUACUGUAUUGAAAGUGUAAACUUCAGUUUAAAAUACCCAACUUCAGGUGAUUUCUCUAUAUUGAAUAUCAAUGUUUUGCUAAACGUAAUUGAACUUAAGAAAUAUGCCCAUAUUAUCUUCCCUGUAUUCAUUUGUUUGAAAGCGCCAUACAAAUAGCAUUGGGAACACAUUAUUGCCAUAUGUGGUGCACACUGACUCUUAUAGAUUGAGUGAUUCAUAGACCUAUUAAUGGGUGUUUAUAUAAACAAAUGAAACACUAA